AUGGCGUUCGCCUCCUCAGAUGAGGUUCUCGCAGCGGUGCUAUCAAAACAGUACGCUGAUUAUCGGCAUGCACCAGACAUCGAGGCCCGUGCCGCCUUCAUAUCUCCCCACUGUCGUCAAAUAUGCCGCCCUCACCCUUCGUACGGAGCUUCUGAUCGCCAGGCCAUCCUGGAAUACUUGUAUGAGGCCUCAGGAGAGCGGCCCUACGACAAGACAACAACACCCAUUCAGCAGAUUCUCCAAUCGCAAGCUGGUGUCCCGCCAGGCGCCAAGGCGUACUAUACUAUUCGUCCUCUAACACAAGGAGAGCUGAACUUUGGCAAUGUUCCAGGGGAUCCGGUACGAGGUUUCCUGGAUUCUGAAGCAAUGAGGGAUAUGGCUGUCGACCAAAAAUGGGUUGGAAUGAGGGUUAUACUGGUGGACCAAAGAAAAUGA